AUGGCCACCGCCAGCAAGAUCAAGGUCAAGAACCCCGUCGUCGAGCUGGACGGCGACGAGAUGACGCGCAUCAUCUGGAAGAGCAUCAAGGAGCGCUUCAUCUUCCCCUACCUCGACAUCGACCUCAAGUACUACGACCUGGGGCUGGAGUACCGCGACCAGACCAACGACCAGGUCACACUCGACGCCGCCGAGGCCAUCAAGAAGUACUCUGUCGGAGUCAAGUGCGCCACCAUUACCCCUGACGAGGCCCGUGUCAAGGAGUUCAACCUCAAGCAGAUGUGGCUCUCUCCCAUCCGCACCGCCGGCUACUACUACCCGACGAAGCCCCCACUUCUGGUACCUGUCGAACGGGCCCGGCCCGUCGUGCGCCAGGAACCGCGCCAUGACAACACGGACGAGUCCAUCACGGGCUUCGCGCACGCCUCGUUCAAGCUGGCGCUCGACAAGAAGCUGCCGCUGUACAUGAGCACCAAGAACACCAUCCUCAAGAAGUACGACGGCCGCUUCAAGGACAUCUUCCAGGAGCUCUACGACACGCAGUACAAGGCCGAGUUCGAGGCCAAGGGCAUCUGGUACGAGCACCGUCUCAUUGACGACAUGGUUGCCCAGAUGAUCAAGAGCACCGGCGGCUACAUUAUGGCUCUCAAGAACUACGACGGCGACGUCCAGUCCGACAUUGUCGCCCAGGGCUUCGGCUCCCUGGGCCUCAUGACCUCGGUCCUCAUCACCCCCGACGGCAAGACGUUCGAGUCCGAGGCCGCCCACGGCACCGUCACGCGCCACUACCGCGAGCACCAAAAGGGCCGGGAGACGAGCACGAACCCGAUCGCCUCCAUCUUCGCGUGGACGCGCGGCCUGAUCCAGCGCGGCAAGCUCGACGGCACGCCCGAGCUGGUCGAGUUCGCCGAGGCGCUGGAGAAGGCGUGCGUCGACACGGUGGACGCCGACGGGGUCAUGACCAAGGAUCUCGCGCUGGCGUGCGGCAAGACGGGGCGCGGCGACUACGUGACGACGAACGAGUACCUGGAUGCUGUUGAGAAGAGGUUGAAGGCUACGCUGAAGCAGUAG